UUGUUUUCGGAAAGGUCACUAAAUAUCAACAGUUACAAAAGCUAAAGUUUGUAAACUCUGAGUCUGGACAGUGCCAGCUGUAAAAUGCAAUUACGACGUGGUUGCAGUUGUUCUAGUUUCAAGACUCUGUGUCCCCUUCCUUGACAUCCCUGCGACUUUUGGUUCCUCCUCUACGAUUCAUGACAGCCUUCAUGUGGCAAGUUGCACAAAAGCAGAAUGUUGAGCAUUAUGAGAAGCUGGAGAACUUUGUCUGUCUGGUGACAAAGGUGGUCCCAGACAUCCUUAGCUACAGACAGAAAGCCACUCUGGUUAUGGCACUUCGUGCGAAGGUGUUGUUGGAGAUGUGUAGAGGCGAUCAGCUUGUUGAUUCACAGACUCUUAAGACUCAUCUACAUCAAAUUCAAUCUGCUCAUCUUCCCAAGUCUAGACAUUCAGAAAUUGAUAAUUUGCAAAGAAACUUAUCAAGUCUUAUUUUAAAGUUGUUGGAGGACCCAGUUAAAAAGGAAGAGUUUUUUCAGAGGGUGUACCCUGUGGAGUAUGGGCCUGAUUUUGACAAAGCUCUGCAGGUUCUCGUUUGCCAAUUCAUUUCAAGGUUGGAACAGAUUCUCCCAAUACCAAAUUUUAAACAAGUUGCCUCCUGCAUUAGCAGUCCCUUGCUCUGGGAAGAAUGUAAGCAGUAUAUCUAUGAGACAGAGGGCCUUCAGCAUCUCCUGCAGGACAACUGCCACAGGUCUUUGGAUGACGAUGGUCUGCCCUCAAUAGUGGAGGAUAGAAUCAUCCUGUCCUUGUCACUGCCACACGCAGAUUAUGCGCUCAACAGUCAGAACACUUUUCAAAAGAAGCCCGGUUCCCAGGACCUCCAGAGCUCCUCCUCUCAGACGCACCAAGACAACCCAAAGAGUCCGGGCUUUCACCAGCAGAGGGACCACGUAGAUGACCCAACAUUACGUGUGGGACAGGAGGAACAUGGAAUGUCCGACAAGCAGUUUGAUGUUGACCAUGAAGAUGUGGACAUUGAACUUGAUCUGAGUGAAUGUGAGGCAGAGGGAAAGGGGAUUACAGAAGACACCAGCCUUUCAAACUUUGCCCAUUACUGUGGAAUAUCAAGAGGAGUACCUCAGACGGCUUCAACAGAGAGCGCUCAUUUGGAAGACAUUGCUGUAGAGAAACUGACACUUCCUGACACCUCUGGACAAAACCACAGUGAGUCAUUGCCAGAAAGGGCUCUAAAGGAGACCACUGUGCCUUUACAUGAGUUCUGCUGGACUUUUCCAGUCAACAGUGAUCAGAUGUUGCAGGAGGCCCCAGCUGUAACUCAUCUUGGCAAGAAAGUUAUCAUGAAUGCCAACCUAAGUGCACCAACCGAAAAGUCAUCCCAGCGAACAGGUCACCAGGUGCUGUCAGACAUUUCCAACAACAACCAGGAUGAAGAGGGGCUCUUGCAGGAUGCGGCCAACUCAGAAGUAAGGCCUCCAGCGAGGACAAGCUUCUCCUCAGCAGGACCUGCCAAGAGCCUUGUGUCUCGGCUGGCUAAAAAGAAAUGCUCUCACUGCCACAGGUGCUUUGCCCACUAUUCUGACCUGCUGAAGCACCAGCGCUGCCACAGCAGGGACACAACGCACCAGUGCUCCCAGUGUGGAAUGAAGUUCCGAAACGCCUCACUCCUCGCUAUCCACAAACUGAAACACCUGAAAGCUCCACUCAAAUGUGCAACACAUCUGUGCGUUCACUGUGGCCGUGAGUUUGAGCGGCGCUCUGGCUUAAUGAGUCAUAUGCGGACCCAUCGUGUAGAUUCAUCCGCUAAAUCUUCAUCAGUGGAUUCAUCCGCUCCAUCUUCAUCAGUGGAUUUAUCCGCUAAAUCUUCAUCAGUGGAUUCAUCCGCUCCAUCUUCAUCAGUGGAUUCAUCUUGCUUUCAAGAGACACCAAAGGAAACCGAGGUGGCUGUGGCACAGACCAGUCAAACUGAGUGUCAGUUCUGCAAAAUGCAUUUCUCUUCUCUGCUGGAGUUGAAGAACCACUUGAUGAAGCACAAAGAACUCCGGUCCUAUUGUUGCAACCAGUGCGAUAAAAGCUUCAUGUCCAAAAAAGGCCUUCAGCACCAUUUGCCCCUCCACAAAACGGAUAAGCCAUGCCUUUGUGAGGUCUGUGGCAAGCAUUUCUACACUCCUUCCCAGCUCCGAUCUCACCGGAGGGGAGCACACUCCACUGAGCAGCACUGUUGCCCCUACUGUGGUAAAUUGUUCAGCCUGAAGGGAAACCUCAACAUUCACAUUCGCAUCCAUACUGGAGAGAGACCCUUCCUCUGCUCCACAUGUGGGAAAUGCUUCCCAUCUGCGGGAGACCUAAAGGUGCACGUGCGCAUCCAUACGGGAGAGAGACCGUUCAGGUGUGAAGUGUGUGACAAGGGGUUUGUCACCUCCAGUCAUCGCUUGGUCCAUCUACGCUCACACACGGGCGAACGGCCUUUCUCUUGCACCGUGUGCGGGAGACGUUUUGCACGGAGAGGGUGUCACCGAAAGCAUAUGUUGAUUCACUCAGGGGAAAAGCCCUACAAAUGCCCGGAUUGUUCCAAGAGUUUCCGUCGGAGUUCACACCUGAAAAAACAUAGAGAAACGCAUAUAAAAAAAUAAGUAAACUUCAAUAAAGUUUAUGUGAACAGACAAUUUGGGGAACCUUGUUCAAAAUGGCAUGCUACUGGUGAGAAAUAAAAAUCUGUUAAAUAUUUUA